AAAUAUUGGUGUUGUGGUCGUGACUGUCUUUUUCCACCACAACAUAUCCACAACAACACGGUCUUACCAAAAUCCUUGCGAGACCAACCACUUUUUUGUUGACGGAGGUUUUCUUGGUGUUCGUGAGUUAGCAGCUAUGCAGAUUUUCGUCAAGACUCUUACGGGCAAGACCAUCACUCUUGAGGUCGAGUCCUCCGACACCAUUGACAAUGUCAAGAGCAAAAUCCAAGAUAAGGAGGGUAUUCCCCCCGAUCAACAACGUUUGAUUUUCGCUGGUAAGCAGCUUGAGGAUGGCCGUACCCUUUCCGACUACAACAUCCAAAAGGAAUCCACCCUCCACUUGGUCCUUCGUCUUCGUGGUGGUAUUAUCGAGCCCUCUUUGAAGGCUUUGGCUUCCAAGUACAACUGUGAGAAGAUGAUUUGCCGCAAGUGCUAUGCUCGUCUUCCUCCCCGUGCUACCAACUGCCGUAAGAAGAAGUGUGGUCACACCAACCAAUUGCGCCCUAAGAAGAAGCUUAAGUAAGCGAUUCGAUUUGCUCUUCGACCUGGUGUCAGGUUUUGUCAGCACCUUUUUUUUUGUCUCGUCCAUGUGCGUUGCUGAAUGGCAUUACUUGCAGUACGCUGUUCUUUGAAGAGUAAAUGAUACAAGAGCUUUUCAUGAGCCGGAACAAAAUAUACAAUGUCGGUAGAAGCGGUAUGGGUGAUUCGUAGUCCAGAGUUGUCUGUAGAUUGGAAUGCGCUGAAGUCGUGCAUUCGCGAUUAAGCUUUGUGGGGCCUGUCGCAUUGCUUAGCUACAGAUCGCUUAAUAUUUUAUAGUUGUCACAUCCCCACGGGUAAUCCCCACGAAACGUGUCAGAGUUAAAUUUCAGAUCCAAUAGAUAAUAAUAGGCGAAUGUGUUCACAAG